AUGACGAUUUACUUAUACUUAGUACUUCAUCAUUUGAGAAAUAAGAUUAAAAUUCUUUUGGUCAUUCUCAAAUUAAAUGUUUCAUUUAAUUUACGACAUUGUAACAAGAAAAUAACUGAGUGUUUAAUUUUUGAUUUCAUUUUAAGAAUAAUAAUAUAUAGGAAAACUACAAUUUCACUUCCCUAUCGGUUUAUCACUUUCUUUCAAUUUCUUUUUUUUUACUUUCAUUACUCUGUUAUUUCAGAUACAACUUAUUUAUUUCUUUCUUCACUUUUCUUAUUGUCUUUGUAUCUUCUCCUUAUUUAUUUCUUCUUUUAUUUCUUUUAUAUUGUUAGUCUUAUGUUAUCUUCUACAAUUAAACAAUAG